AACAAAUGCAUGCCCUGCUCAAAGAAUACCAUCCGUAUGUUGUGAACCGUCAUGGCAAGACGUUGUUGCCGCAGUAUCUGGCCAUGUAUCGCCUUACAGUAGACAACAUUGAGACAUACUGUGUUGUCAUGAGAAAUGUCUUUUCUACUUUUCUCCAAAUACACAAGAAAUACGAUCUUAAGGGCUCGACAGUUGACCGUGAAGCAUCCGUUAAAGAGCUUGAGAAGGACCUACCAACGUUAAAGGAUAAUGACUUCAUGAAGGAUGGUACAAAAAUAUACAUUGGUGAGGAAGCAAAACAGCAGCUUAUGGAGACACUUACAGCUGAUGUAGAGUUCUUGAUGAGGCUACAUUUGAUGGAUUAUUCACUCCUCCUGGGAAUCCAUGAUAUAGCUCGAGCAGAGAUGGAUGGAGUUACGCAGAAUGAAUCUGAAGAGGAUGCAAUUGAGGAAGAAGAUGAUGAUGAGUGUAGCGGUGUACCAACUCCACCUGACUCGCCAAAUACAGCUGCCCGAGAACGAGCGACCAGUAAUGGAGCCAUCGAUCCUGAUGUUGAAAUAUAUGCUAUUGAGAGUAAUGAAAGUGCAGCUCGUCGUGAAAUCUAUUUUAUGGCACUCAUUGAUGUCCUAACACAUUAUGGUGUCAAAAAGCAGGCAGCCAAGGCUGCAAAGACUGUGAAAUAUGGAUCAAAUGCAGAUGGCAUAUCUACAGUGGAACCUGAUCAGUAUGGCCGGCGGUUUUUGGACUUCAUGAACCAGGCCAUUGUGUAGGUGUAUACAGUUGUAAAGUUGGUGGGUGUGAAGAGACCCUUGUAUCCUCAGCUGUGUAGAUUUUCUUUGCCCAAACUUGUGUAUGCUCCAGAUUUUAACCCAUCAAAUACAGACUUUACUAGAUUUGUUUUGCAUUAAAUUGUUAUUAAGGUUGCUUUUUUUCGUUGUAUUUUUAUUUGCAUUAAUAAUGCAUUCAAAUUAAAUUAAUUCUGGAUGCAUGGGCAUUAAUCACUAUUAUUUCAUUACAAAUCAGUUUUAUUGGAAAAAAUGGUUAUGAUGAUCAGGAUGAUAUGGAUAGAGUAAUGUAUUUAUAUAAUUGAUUAUGUAUUAUGUGGAAACAUACAUGCAUAUUAACUAUGAUUACUUCAGGAAUUUUCCAACAUUUUCCUCACAAAAUGGCUGUAUUGAAACAUAGCUAUUAAUCACUGGAUCAAAUCUGGAAACCCAAGCAUUUACUCAAUAUACAUAGCCAGUUCUUUCAACUUUCUGAAUCCAUUCAACCAGUCAUACUUUUGAGAUUUCAGGCCCAUCAUUUAAACCUCAAGAGUAUGUUUGGCUAGUCAUAUCAGUCUUUGAGAAGGUUUCAGUGGUCAUGGUAACUAUUGAACUGCUUGAUCACUCACACCAGAGUAAGUGAUGUCCAGGCUACCAAUAGUCGAGUGUUUAUUUACAUUUUUUUUUUCUCUAUUACUUUUUUUUCUAAGCAGAAUGGAGUUUACUGAUUUACAAAAGGACUGACUCAUAGUGAUUUUAAAUAAUACUCAUGUUAUGUUUUUGUCUUAUUCUCGGUAAAUAGUAAGGAAAUAAUUGCAGUUUUGUAUCCUCAAGACAUGUAGGUAUAGAUACAAUAUUCAUUUUCUUCACAUUGAUUGUGCCUAUCUGCUCAGUAUUUCCCAUUUUAUGGCCCAAAUCUCUUAAUGAUUGGGAUAAUGUUGAUCAUAAAAGGGAUAUAUAAACUUUACACGAAUCAGCCUUCAGAGCUCAAAGGAUAAAUGUCUUAGAGGAAUAAAGCAAGAAAAGAAUCUGAAAAUGUAGUUUUAGAAAUUUGUAUGUUAUUUUUAGAACUAAAAGGCAGACUAUCUAUCUAUCAGAUGUAGGUGGAUAACAAAAAGGCUUGCCAAUACAGUCUGUGGAAUUGCCAUACUAGUCCAUUAACAAUAUUGUAGUGAUGCAUUGCCCUUUUAAGAGCUUUAAAAAAAAUAGUAGACUUGUCAGUUUGGUGCACCUGCCCUCCUUGAAAUGAAAAUUCUUCUUCUCUCUAGAGUAUAACAAUCACAGGCAAGUGAAGCAUAUGUAAUCAAUAAGCUUAUUUUGAUUAAAAGCAUGCAUUAAUUUUAAGACAAUGAAGUUUUUCAAACACUCAUACUGCCUUGUCAUGGGCUGUACAAGACUAGGAGAGGGACAUGACUCUAAGGGAAGAGGAAACCUCUACAUGGAGGAUUGAAAUACAACUAUUUAGGUUUUACAUGUGAAAAUCUAUGACUUUACUAGAAGUGAUAAUGAUUACUGAAUGAUGUUGAGUAAUGUGUGUGUUUGUAUGUGAUUGAUGGUUGAAAAAAUGUUUUGUAUGUUAGUAGACUGAAAAAUAAUGCAUGAAAUCUAAUUUUGGGUAUUGUGUACUCCAUAAAAUGUGCACUAUGAACAAAAUCUGUUGCUACUGAGAAAAACCAUUCAUGUUAUUUGAUUGUAUGUGAACAGAGAAUAUACGAACACCAGCUUUUGGAAGGAGUUUCUACACAGUCACCCAAAGGUAGACAAAUGCCUGAAAAAUAGAAGAAUGCUCAGCAAACUUUUAGUUAUUCAGGUGAGGAUUGAUUUCAUAUUAAAUAUGAUAAUAAUUUCUUUAUAUAAUAGGAGAAAAGGGGUAUAUUAUUGUUUAAAACUGCCUUGUUUCUAUAAAAGAAUAUUUAUUUUAUUUAAAAAUAUUUAUGAAAUUUUUAAUUUCUUUUAAUACAUUUGUUUAGCUUGUGAUAUAUUUAUUACAGUAUACAUAUAUCUUAUAAACUUCAGGAAUUUGUUUACUUUGAAAGGGGUAAUAGACCAUCAUUUAAAAAUUACUUAAAGAAAUUAGUAUAAUCUACCAGUAUGUCAGAAUUUAAUAGCAGCUUCAAGCAUUUUGCUGCAUAUUUCAAGACACAUACAAUUAAGCCUGACCCUUGUAGGUUUAGUGCUUCUUUUUGAUUAUAAUAAUAAAAUACAUUUAAGCCAAAGACUGUACAGGCUUUUUCAUUAAAUUAUUUCAAUUUAAUUAAAUUCAGGUUUUGCUCCUGUUCCCUGAGUUUCCUUUAUAAUUCAGAACAAAAUUUUCAUUUAGAAAUGCAGAUUGCCUCACUAGUUCGUAUCUGAGCUGUAUACAUACCCAGUAGUAUUCCUAAAGCUAAUCAAGUGUACUUAAGAAAUAACUGUAAAUUAGACUGAAUAUUUCUUGCCUUUAAAGGAUAAGAUGCAUUUCAAGCAGUGCUGCCAUAAAUGACUAGCUUCUUCAAUGAAUAGGCUAUUGUUGGAUAUCUGGACAUGAAUCUCAUGGAUACAAGUCAAAUGCAGUAGAGACUAGGAGGAAAAAUAGGUAAAUAGUUAUUGAGAGAAGGCCAUUUAUGAGACUUAAUUCCAGGCUUGGUCUCCCUGUGGCUGUGUUGAAUUUGAUUAUAAUGGUGUGUGUGAGGCUGUCAAUUUCAUCACCUCCAUAAUUAAAGUAAAAGGACACAAGUGCAACUAAUGUGACAUUUAUUGUGGCAACGUUUUGCUCUCCAGGAGCUUUAUCAAGCUUGAUAAAGCUCCUGGAGAGCGAAACGUUGCCACAAUAAAUGUCACAUAAGUUGCAUUGUGUCCUUUUACUUUACAUAUUGUCGGUAAUUCUACCAACUUUAUUACACCUCCAUAAUUACCUGUAUAUAAGGCAUCUUAAUUUUUUUUUUUAUCGUUCAUUAAGACUCAGUUGUUUAUUCAUGCAUUAAGACACUAUAUUGUUUAAAUAUUGUGCAAUAGAUGCAUAAGUGGCUUACUUAUUUUGUAAUAGAUCAUAGGUAUUUACAUUAAAUAGAAUUGAUCAGGUCAUGAUUGAUGUUAAUAAGUAUGUUAAGAUCAUGAUUGAAGUUACUUGGUAAGUCUUAGUAAAUUUGGCAUUUUUCCUGAAAAUGCUAAAAUGUGUGGUAGAAGUGUAUAACUCUCCCCCCCCCCCCACAAAAAAAACCUGAAUAUGUAUAAUUAAGCUAUGCACAAUAUUUAGAUAUAUUCAAAGAUUAAUUUAAUUAAGUCAUCCAUGCAAGUACUAAGAUUUUUUUAUAUAAACAAAAAUGUGAUAUUUAGUAUCACACACAAUAAAUAGUAAAUGGAUUCUCGGAUAUUUGAAAAUAUGAUUUCUGAGCUACUUAACAGUACAGUUAUGUUAUCAAAGUAUCAUCUCGGAAGUGUAUAAUAUUGAGAUAAAGUUUAUAUUUCAUCCAGAAUAAAAAAGUUGAAGACAGUGGAUCUUUAUUUAUAAAAGUGGAUUUUUUCUUUGCCAUUACAUAGCUUGUUGAGAAAUGAAUGUGCUUAUACAAUUUUUCAAUGUGUUUUAUUUGAAGAAAUAUGUUUAAAAGGGAAUUUCACUAGUAGAUCAUAAUGGUCUGUGUCAUUCAAUCUGUACUUCCCUUAAAAAUAAGAUGCAAAAGUAGAUAAUGUGAUCCUGAGAAGUACGUACUUGUAUCAAGGAGUUUAUGGUGCUGUGUAGUAUUAGAAAUAGAAAUGUCUGCUAGGGCCUCUAGGGGUAAUAAAUACAAUCAGUUGCAGUAUAAUGUUUGUUUAUGAUGUUCUUGGGGUUGAACAAACAAAUAAUUAUUUUGACCAACAUCACUGACUUGUACAUGAUUUCUUCCCAUUACCACUUUUAAGAAGUUUCUAAUCCUGAAACAUUGUUCCAUCCUUAUCCGAUCGCCGUGAUGCUCAUUGCUUUCGCUACUAUGUACACUCUCAUGAUCACCGCAAUCCUUCCAUUUAUAGAAUGGUCACCGAUAUUAGUAGACAUUCUUUAUUUGUUCGCCGCCCCUGUUUGCUUCGUCCCUUCUCCCUUCGCCUACAUUCGCUCUUGUCUUCUCUUCAAUUACCACCUCUCUAUGUUCAUGUAGCAUCUCACUUUUCCCUACAUCCCUGUGAAGUUCCAGCUGUUCGAGUCUGUUCUUUCUCACUCCCUUGCUCGAAAGCCCAACUGUCUACGGUAGCUUCCCGCUCUCUUUUUCUUGACCACUUCCACUCUCAUUCUCAUGCCAUUGCAGUGUACACAGAUGGCUCUAAGUCUUCUGAUGGCGUAGGAUUCGCAGCAGUGUUUCCGGACAGCGUCGUACGAGGGCAUUUACUCUCUUCGGCUAGUAUCUAUACUGCUGAAUUGUAUGCCAUUCUUGCAGCACUUAUCUGUAUUGCAUCUAUGCCUAUGUCAAAAAUUUGUGGUUGUCUCAGACUCCCUUAGUGCUUUACAGGCUAUACAGAAAUUUGAUACACCUCACCCCUUAGUCCUCUGUAUCCAACUUUGGUUACGUCGCGUCUCUUCCAAGCAUAAAGAUAUUGUUUUUGUUGGGUCCCUGGUCAUGUUGACGUACAGGGCAAUGAACAGGCAGACACUACUGCGCGGUCAGCAGUACAUGACCUACCAGUUUCGUAUGGAGGUGUUCCAUUUACGGACUACUUUGCUGCAAUAGCUACCCACCUUCACACCCGUUAGCAACAACGUUGGUCUACUCUGCUCGGUAACAAACUUCAAUCUAUUAAACCGAAUAUAGGUUACUGGCCGUCUUCUUGUCACCAGUGUCGAGGUUGGGAGACUACUCUCUCCCGUCUUCGCAUUGGCCAUACUCGUCUUACUUGUGGUUAUCUCAUGGAGAGGCGCACUGUUCCUCUCUGUGAGAAUUGUCGGGUUCCAUUAUCGGUUAGCCACAUUCUAUUAGACUGCCCACUUUAUCAACGAGCACGCAGAAUAUACCUCCAACGUCGUCUUUGCUCCGCUGCUCUCUCUUUACCUUCCCUUCUCGCUGAUGGACGCACCUUUCAUCCGGACUCUCUCAUUGACUUUUUGACAACAACUGACUUACUUCACAAACUCUGAUGAUGCCUUCAGCCCUUUUUACCUCAAUCUCUUGCUGCCCUCUACCCCCACACUAUCCCCUGCCCCGCUGUUUUCUGUAACUUACUGAUCAUCCCUCCCCCUUUCUACAGCCCAAUACCCUCACUUCCUUCCCUACCCUGCAGCGCUGUAUAGCCCUUGUGGCUUAGCGCUUCUUUUUGAUUAUAAUAAAUAAUCCUGAAACAGAUGCUUAUUUAAUAAAGUACUUUCAUUUCUUGUGAAAAAUAGGAUUUGAUUUCUGGAAUAAAUGUAUCCAAAGAAAUUUUGUAGUGAUAGGAUUAUGUGUACUCUAUAUUAACUGUGUAUUUGAACAGUUACAUUGAUUUAUGAGUUAAAGUUUUUAAGAUUUCAGUUUUAUGUCAGACAAACAUGUUUGGUUCGCUUCAGUUUAACCAUCAUUCCUACUUAAUAUACCUUGUGUCUUUGAUGAAUUAAAGCUUGAUCAAAUAUAGGGAGGCUUCAUCAUGCUGGUUGAGAGCUACAACCAGUUUGCACUUGUUGUUAAUGACACUUGUGCUAGAGCAUUUUAUUCUGAAGCACACGAGGUAUUGCCCAGUGUUCCCUUUGAUCAAAAAUUUAAACCAAGCAUGGGAUGCCAAGUGGCUGCAACUUCUUUAUCCGACAGCUCUUGGUAUCGUGCAUACAUUUAUAAAAUAGAGGGUCAUAAUUUACAUCGACUUGGGUAACAUGAAGACACUUGAAAUGGUUAAACCACUUCCCAUUGGACCAUUCUCUGAGUUGCUGGGCUUUACCGUAUUAGCUAAGAUUCACUCUGCAGUAGAACCAGAAGUUAAGAUGCAAUUGCAGAAAAUGAGCAUACUAGAAGAGAAAAUUGUCUUCAAGGUUAUAAGCAAGAAGUCCAAGCCUUUAAAAGCUUCUCUGUUAAGUAGUGAUUCAAUUAGUGUGAUGGCUGACUAUAUCCUAAGACCAUGGUACAACUCUCUACCUUUGUUACAUGAUGUUGAGGGUACACCAUCGUGUCCAACUUUGGGCCAUCUUUCAAGCCUUGGCUGAAAGCUUGGUCCUUCAUUUAAAUCAAGGUGAAAGCUUGGUCCCACAGAAUCUCUCCUCUCACAAGAUAAGAGCAUACUUGUGUUGAUUCGUGUAAGAGGAACUUUGAGCAGAAACCUAAAGAUUUUUCUCAUGGAGAAAAAGUCUUGCGUUAUCAGUGCACUAUUGAAGCUACCAAAUCCAGGAAAGUAGAUAUACCUACAAGUUCCCACAGGUACUCUGAAGUUACAAGAGCACCCUUGGCUUCAUCGUUAUUGAGUAUGGGUGAUGUUGACACUAGAGAAAGGUUCUGGGCUGUAGACCUCAGAGAGACUGUGGUGAAAAAUAUGAAAGAGUAUACUGUGCUGCCUAUGUGGGUUGAUGAGCACAACAAACUGUGUGUUCGACUAGUAUCUGAGAAGUCUACUCAUGAGUAUCAGAAGUUGAAGCAAAAUCUAGUGCAACAUUGUGCAAGAGGAUGUAGAGUGUGUGAUGUUCAAGUUGGGGAGAUGGUGUGUGGCUUUGUAGUGAGUGACAGAGUGUGGUAUCAUGCCCAGGUCGAGAAGGUUGAUGCCAAUUGUGUCCACUUAUACAUGGUUGAUUUUAGCAACUGAAAUUGUCCCUAAAACCAAUAUUAAUGAAUUUGCUGCCUACCUAAUGCAGCUGCUAUGUUUUUACAUCAAGGAAUAUGAGAAGAUGAUGUAAUGUCAAGAAGUAAGAUGUUGUCCCUAGUUCACUCAUCAGUGCCACUGUUAAUGCAUUCUCUUGGAGCUGACAGUUCAGAGUUUGAACUUUAUGACCCCAGGAAACAUAUAUUGUUGUUGAAUGAUCAACUGUCAUCAAGUAAGACAAUGGUGGAUCGUAAGGAGGACCAUCAGCAGAAACUUCUUUUCUCUUCAAUACGUUAACAGAAGAAGAUCACAGCAACCCUUCAGACAAAUCUAUAUCAUUUUUAUCAAGGAAAAAUCCUGCAGGAAUUGAAGAGUUUCCUAGAGUAUCAGAGUCAUUCACUCGGUUAGAAAUUACACCCAUUCCUUCUCUUUUGCAAAUUCCAGCAAAUUGUAAAACUGUUGGAGAGUACCUGCCGACACACAGCUUCCACCUGCGGAAACACACACAGGCCACACUAUGAGAAACUCAAGUAUAUACAGUAUAUGCAACACCUCCAGUGUUGCCUGUGAUAAGUGUGACAUCAACCCUACUGUCCAAUGAAGGAGUAAAUACAGAUAGGACUUAUGAUGAAGCAUGGUUGUUGCAAGUAAGGUGCCAAUGUAUGCUACAUGCAAGAGUACACAGCUUCCUAUAGCCAAAGUUGUGUCAGUUAUUGUGUUUGAAACAUGCAACCCUCACAGUAUAUUUGUGGUUCCAAAAGAUUCUCUACAUCUCAUUGAAAAGCUGGAGGAGAUGAUGGAUCACAUGUACAAGUACUGUGAGAGUCUCCCUGGGUGCUUCUACAGACCCAUACUUGGGUAGCUAUGCUUGGCCAUGUUCAGUGAAGAUCACAGGUAGUGCAGAGCAUCAUGCAUCAGGCCAGAGCUGGAGUCAGCACUGGUUUUCUUCAUCGAUUAUGGAAUCUUGUAGGAAAUGUCUUAUAGCAGUAUACGCCAGGUACCGCAGUCAUUCCUAGAGCUGCCUUGUCUAACUCUCCACUGCAUUCUUCAUGGCAUAUCUGAGCAUGGGGUACAAAAGCCAGCAGCAGCAAGAAUUGGCCAGCUUCUUCCCAAGUACUCAGAAGUCAUUGUGGAUGCGCUGGAACACCACAGCGAUGGUACCUAUACUAUUGCAGUGCCCGAAGUAACUCAGGCUCUCAUUACUGAAGGUCUUGUAGCGCCCAGUGUGUGAUUCCAUCACCCAGGAUAUUACUGAAGGUCUUGUAGUGUCCAAUGUGUGACUCCAUUGCCUGGGAUGUCAUCAGUGAAUUUUGAUGAGUGAUCAUUGUACAAAUGGAAGUUGAUGUUUAAUUUACAUUUAUUGCUACUGUUAAUGUAUUCACCGACAUUACAUAUUACAGUUCAUAUACAGCUAGGUCUUGAUUAAUGUGAAUAAUGAAUCUUGUGAAGUGGUCGCACUGUUCAAAUUCGCACUAUUCGAAGUUAUAUGUAAAAUAUAGUAAUUGGUUUGAGCUCAUUGAAAAUAUGCAGUAAAAAUUUUAAACAAGUUUUCUUUAUCUAAGAUAAUAUAAAAACAAAGGAAAAGAAAGAUGUAUUUCUGAUUCAAGUUCAUUACAAAUAGUUAUACAAAGAAAAAUUUAAAAAAUAAAAAAUUAUUGAAUAGUAUAACAGUAUAACAGAAGCAUCAAUAUUGUCAUUUAAAAUAUUUUAGUAGUGUAGGCUGAAUAGUCUUCUCUUUCUUUAAAUCUUCAUUCCCAGACCAUACAUUCGUGGCCCCAGACUAUUCAACAUCUUGCCAGAAGAUAUCAGAAACAUGGCUGGAACAAGUGUAGAAGUCUUCAAGAGGAAACUGGACAAGUAUCUUCACCAGGUGCCAGAUCAACCAGGCUGUGAUGGAUAUGUGGGUCAGCGGGCCUCCAGCAGCAACAGCCUGGUUGACCAGGCAAGCACCGGAUGAGCCUGGCCCAUGGCCGGGCUCCAAGAAUAGUGAGACUCUCGAAACUCAUCAAUGGUAAAGGUAUAAGGUAUGCAAAGCAUGCACUUUUCCUUUAUAUUGAGGAACUGUAUAGAGGAGAUAGUUCCUGCACUAAUAUGUGAAACUUGCCCCUACCCAAGCAUAAAGGAAGCAAGAUUUACCACAAGACUAGUACAGGUCAGCCAUUACUGAUCUGGCAUCAUUGGGACUCGUAGUGUGCCGGAUUAGUGAUGGCCAACCUGUAAUGAGAAGUAAUUGCCUUAAGGAAUUACUUUAUUGACUUAAACUCAUGACUCUGGAGGAAUGCAGCACUAGAGAUACUGUUACAUAAUAAAAUAUGCUGUGGGGCAUAGACUAGGUAGACAAGGAUAGGGUAUUUAAUGAGGGAGAUUAGGAAAGAAAUGGAACAAGCCUGGAAAUAAUUCCAUAUCGUUAAUUAUUGGCCAUAAAAUGAGGUUAUUUCUUGAGUAACCUCAGAGUAAUAUACUUGUUAUGAAUGCAAACUACCAAAAAAUAUGAAAAAAUUAUCAGAAUAAUGAUAAUAAAGUACUCAAGUUAUCGUCAUCACCAUGUUAUUGUUGGAUUACAGGGCUGUGAUGGCCCAAAGUGACUCUGCUGUGCAAAUUGGCUACCAAUAUGCUUUUCUAAAUAUAAAAUUGUUAAAUGCAUAUUUUUUAUAUAAAAAAUUAUAAUGAAAUUUUAUUUUCUUCAUUUUCAACAAUGAUAGUAAUAAAGAAAGGGAUGGUGGGAGGUACCCAUAUAUAAACAUUGCUAAUAGUGGCAGACAUACAGUAUGAGUCUAACAACUGAACUAAUGUACACUGCAUAUAAGUAGGUACUGUACUGAUGUUAUGGUCAUUUUCCUCUCAUUUUAACUUUCAUCAUGAAAAUAGAGGAAAGCAGAGGAUAAAGCAUAUAAACACAGCUAGCUUUACUACUCAGGCAAGAUUUAGCUGAUUUACUCUCCACUGACUUUGUACCUUCAAAACUUGCAGUUCUAACUAUUCAAGAGUUAUUGCUGAUUACAUAUCUGAGUACAUGAAUGGCACUGCAGUGUUAAUUAUAAUUCGAGGGUUGCUUUACUGAUGCGAAUUUAAAAUUUAAAUUACAAGCCUGGAAAUACGACUAUUGUCAUUGGUGGGGUAACUCUUACAUAGAUGCAGCUAUACCCUGUGACUGAGAUAAAAAAAAAAAUUGUACAUAUGUAAGCAUUAUCUUCAGCAUCUUCUCAUUUUAAUUGUGCUAUGCAGGAAAUGGGCUAAUUUAGUCCCAUCUGUUUAGGCCUGCAUCUCACAUGGUGAUGGCUUAUAUACUGUAUAAACAUUACCAUCAGCAUCAUAAUGAUGCAUACAUUGACUGCUGAUGCUGGAGAGAACUUAUUAGCUCACGUUUGUGAGGAAUGAAAAUAUAUUUGUCUUAAACCUAAUAAAAUUGUAACUCCCUUUCCCUUCCAUCUUGUGGCUCAGGUCAGUUUACGUUUGGUAAUAUAUGGUACAAGUCCACAACCCUUUUUCCGAAAUUCUGAUAUUGGAAAAAUUCCAAAAACUGAAGAUUUUUCAUGGAGUGUGGAGUGUUAGUCAUCUCAGUGCUGGGUCACACCAUCACAUGGCGGUGUUGAGAAUCAUUCUGAACUUCGAAAAAUUCUGAAAUUCGAAGCAAUACUGGCUCCAAGGGUUUUGGAUAAAGCGAUGUGGACCUGUAGUCUGAUUCCAGGUACAGAAUCAGAAUUACAAAACAGUUUAGUCAUGUUAGCAAAUCGAAAAUUAAGUGAUGGGUUCUUUGGCUGAAGAUAAAUUCAUGUAGACUUUACUAUGUAACAAGUCAGAUCAAUUUAUAAUAAGUAUUGGGGAUACUAUUCUGUAAUUAUUUUUAUAACAGUUUUUGUAUGAUUUUUCUCACUGUAGCAUGUGAAACUUUUUUUGCAUAUUAUCUCUGGUUUCUAAUUUGAAAAGUCAAAUUUUUGGUAAUUUUAUUAUUUACAUGAGAAAAUAAUGAAUGUUUGGAAACAGCAGUAAGGCUUAUUGUUUAUGAAGGCCACUACUGUAUACAGUUGCAAAAAUCUGUGCUUCACAUUCCACCUAAAAGAAUAAGAGGCCAUUGCUUUAGAAACAAUUACCAGUAUAGUGUUACCAUAAAGAAAUGUGCAUGACUAAUGAAGUAAAAAAAAAGGAAAUCCUAAUUCUCAGAUUUUCUUGUGGAGGCUUAUACAUAAUACUUAAACUGCAAAAUGGAUUUAAUUAUAGAGAUAAACAGAAAAAAAAGCUAUCAAGAAAAUAGGUUCUUGGCUAAGCAAAAACAGUGAAAGAUAGUAAAGUUGUGAAAGAUUAAUACCAGGCAAUGGAACACAAAACACAUAACUGUUAUGGAAACUAACUUAUUACAUCCCACAAUACCAUUGCCACUAAUAUACCCCCUACAAGGGGGUGCUUGAUUCUGCUGUAGAUUUCUUGAUCCAAAGAAUUGAAGCUGCUCUCAUUCUUGGAUUAAAUCUGUUAUCUCCCAUUCCCUAGGCGCCUUAUUACCCUCACGGGCUUAGCGCUUCCUUGUGAAUACAAUACUAUGUAUAUAAUGCACAAUAACAUGUCUUGUCUUCUGUACACCUGAUAGUGGAAAAUACUCUCCAGGCCUGGUGCCUGAACUGCACACUAAAAUGAACCUUAGGUGCCAUAAGCCCUGCUGGAAAAUAGUGUCAGCAUCUGUGGCCCAUGACUUUUGAACCUUCCAGCACAUAUAAGAAAUAUUGAUGGAGUGAAGAAAGUUGUUAUAGAUACACUUGUCUAAGUUCCUCCUGAGGUGUCUGAUCAACUAUGUUGUGAUGGCUGUGAGUGGCAAAACUUUUGACACUGGUUACAGUUAAAUAGUCACAUUAAGCUAUUUCAUAAAAUAUUGCAGCAUGACCAUAUGUUUUGCUCUCUAGUUUUGGUAUUAAUGUCAUUUGGCUACUAGUUCAUAUGUAAGAUUUGGUUUAUAAAAGCUGGUCAUAUUUUAAAUUCAUGAGAAAAAUUUCUACUUAAAAGUUUUUGGAUGUUUGUGAUUUAAAACAUUGUAUUUUAAAAGAUAAGAGUAGCUUGCUAGUUCUUAAUUAAAAUGCAUUUGGCAGGUAUGAAGAGAUAAUUAUGUUGUACACAAUCUACAGUGAUUUACGAUUUUCCUGGCCUUGUUCAGACUUUGUGUUUUUCGGUUAGUUCUGAUUUUUUUUUCUUUUUAAGAUGUAACAAUUAUCAAGCAUAGGGAAGUCUUGUUCAAUGCUGACUGCUUUAACCCUUAAACUGUCCAAACAUAGAUCUACGUUCACAUGCGUAGUGCUCCAAAAGUAGAUCUACUUUUUAUACAUAUUUUCAAAAAUAACAAAAAAAAAUGUAGAUCAAAGUUUUUUUUUACACGCUUUCAAAUGUAAAAAAAAAAAAAAAAAAAAAAUUUUUACACUUUCAAAUGCUGAAAAAACGUAGAUCUAUGUUUGGACAGUUUAAGGGUUAAUGGUGCCUUAAUCAGCUUGGGACAAUGUACAGUAUUGUUCAAAGCCUCUUACAACUGGCCCAAUCCUCAGUAUAUGUCUCAGUAACCCAGGACAGCUUAUUGCAUGUCAACUAUUAGUAUUGUUUUAGAGGUAGCAUCAGCAAUAGUUGUGUCUUCUCAUGCCAAUCAUUUAUUGACCAUUUAUUUACGAAGCAGAUUAGUGCAACAUCACAUUUUACUGGAAAUAAUGAGAAUGUAAUGUGGAACAAUGUGGAUAAAGCUGCUUUUUUAGAUGUUGUAAGAGAAAAAUACUUUCUGUGAGAAAAAUGGACACAAUUGCAAUUAAUGUGACAUUUUAUUGUGGCAAUGUUUUGCUCUCCAUGAACUUUAUCAAGCCAUAAUUCUACUAUUACUACCUGUGAGGAGGAAAGAUGGAGCCAACUGAUUGCUAGGAUGGUGGUUACCACCACUUGAAUAUUUUUACGCCAACAAAAUUAAUAUUGCACUGCCUAGUCAUGUAUGCCAUAAAUUCGACCAGGCUGUUGCACCUUAAUCAAGAGGGAGCUGCACUGCUAAAUAUGGAAGGUGCUGAAAUUAUGCCAGCCCCUUGUAAAUACAGUCUGCAGAGAUUGUAGAAGGGUAUUGAGCUUAUAGUCAACCUUAACACACUACAAAACUGAUCCUAACCAAGCACACAACACUGGGGUCAUUGAGGCAUCUCAGCAUUUGCUUCAAUGCUACAGGAAUCUGUACAGAGAAAAAUAAUGAAACUUACAAAUGUGCACAGCCAGGCAUUUCUCACUAAACCCUUUGCAAGUAACACCACUUAAAUGAGUUCUAUUCUAGCUGCUUCAUCAGAAUGAGAUGGUGAUUCCUCCCAUCUCCUGCCCACCAACAUAGUAACAUAAAAAGUAAAACGUUUAGUGCCAAAACAUGACAUACAGGAUCCUGGCACAUAUACAGUGAGUUAAAAGUAAUUUUAUGUACUUUUGACUAAAUAUAGGGUAAAAUAGUAUAUCUUGUCUGGAACCAACUUUAUUUAUGCUGUUUGUAUUGAGGUACAAUGAGAAAAUAAACCUCAUUCAAUGCUGCCUUCCCUAAAUGGGUCAAUUUCUGGAAUCCAUUCCAUCAGUGAGUGAGGCUUCCCUGUAUAUUUCAUGACAGUGCUGUAUGUAUGACCCUUUUGGGUUAAGUACUUAAUUUGAUUGUUAUUAUUACUGUGAGGAAAGUUAUGAGACAUUGUAUAUCUGCAUCACCAUCUUACAUGUCUUUGUUUCAUUUUAGUUAGUGACCACUGAAGGAGGAGGCUGCUGCUAAUGCUGCCAGUGAAAGAUUUAUGUAUUUUUGUAGCCUAAUGCUACUGCUUGCAGCAGUACAGUGCUAAUUAUAAACUUGCAGGUGUCCACAAAAGUCAGUUUUCAAUGUUUGGGUCCUCUCUACAACUUUAUUUUUGAUAAUACAUGGUAGGGAGUAAUGACGCAGCAAGGACUUGUAGGGGUUUUGUCAAGACCGAACAUAUUCAGACCACAUACUGAGAUCAAGACUGAGAUCAAACAUACCGAGAUAAAAUACAAGACCAAAACUUAAUGAACUGAGACAAAGACUGAGACCACAUUAUUAUUGUUGUGACCAGCCUUAUAAGCUAGAACAACAACAACAACAAUAAGGGUAAUAGCUAAUUCUUAAAAGUUAUUUUUGUUGUGAUAAAGAAAAUAAAUCAAAAAAAGAAAUUAGUUACAAUGAAUCCACUUUGGAAUAUGUACACAUCCUGUUUAUUAUUAUAAUCAGAGUGCUGUACAGCCCUUGUGGUUUAGCGCUUCUUUUUGAUUAUAAUAAUAAUUAUAAUCAGAACUAAGUGCUAAACCACCAGGGUCAUACAGUAAUGCUUAUACACAUCCUGAAUAGGUGUAUAAGAACACUUUGCAUGCAUGAAGUAUUUGCGUAUGAACAGAAACAUCCUAAAAUAAUUUUUUAACAAAGCUUGAAUGAUUUAAUUAUUCAGAAUAUGCAAUUACUGUACUUCCUUUUAUUUUCUAAUUUGAAAAUUUUCAUUCAGUCAACCUUACUCAUUGUGACCCUUCCACUGACUCAGUAGAGAUGAAAUAUUCUGAAGAUACUGCCUGUCACAUGUUUGUGAAGAAAAAUCUUCAACGGGGGCGAACAGCAAUGGGGCUAAGCCCCAUCUCUAUGUUCCCACUAGCAUGGUGCAGCUGUGGACCAAGGGUGUUAUGACUCCUCUAUCUUUCCAUUAUUGAGUACAAGUAUUGUAUAGGUUAAUUAGAACUGCUAUAAUUGGAGUAUACUAUAUUCUGAAUGUGGCUAUGCUUUGUAAAAGUGUGUAUGAAUUAUGACGGGUAAAAAGGGAUAUAGUACAGUAUACAUGUAUAAUCAAGGAAAAAUAAUUUUAAGACUUCUCAUGAACAAAAGAUCUGCUUGCUGACUGUUAUCAAGACCAAGACCUGAGAUGCUACAUCUGAAUUCAAGACAGACCAGACUGUCCUAGAUUAAGACACAGACCAAGAUGUUAAAAUAAGGCCUCAAGGCUGUUUUUGAAACUAAGAUAGGGUCUUGAAACUCCACCUCUGAUAACAUUUGGCAGUGUCUGAAUGGUGUAAUAUUUUUGCAUGCUCACUCUUUUUCCUCACCUCUCCUGCCAUUUCCUACCAAGAAGUGGCAUUCUCAUAAUUGGAUCAUUGGUUUCUUCAUUCACUCUGUUUUGUCACUUACUAGUUACCAGCAUGAAGAAUAGGUGUGGAAUUGCAAUCCUCAUGCAGCAUCUAGGAGUAAAAAUUUGGAUUUCUGUAUAACAGCUGGAAAAUUUGCUUAUUAGCUCCUUGAAGAAUUUGUAUAUGAAGUUGCUUGGGUUAGUGGGGGUUAACUGGUAAAUCACUGAUAUUUCCCAGGCUGCAGAAACACUAGUAUUAUUGCCCAUUAUCUACCUCACCACCUUACUUAAGUUUUUUCCUUCCUUUUCACAAAACUGGACAUUUUCAUUAGUAUGGAAAGUGUUAAACCACUGUAUUUUGUUUUAAUGUGCUGUUAAGUGCAUAAAAAAACUCGCUGAGUUAGUAUGUUCAUGUAAUGUUAUGAAUACUGUUGUCUAUCAGACUGGUUUUUAUAGUACUGUCAAGAAAAUUUAAGACACUUUAUUUUAAUGUCUUACUGGUGAAGCAUUUUUUUUUUUUUUUUUUUUAGGAGAUAGAAACUGUACUGUUAAGUAUAAAUAUCUGUCCACAGCUUCAAUGCUUAGUUCUGUUUGGAAACCCCUUAUCUUCAGAAGGGAUGGUGGCCUUAAAUUAAUGUACCCUCAAUAAAACUUACUCUAGUUGAAAAUUAGCUGAAAAAAAUAGGAACUGUUAAGGGAAAUACAAUAGACUUGAAAAAUGAGCCUCAGUAAAAGAUUUUAUCUUACUGUUUACACUAUACUCAUGUUAAAUAUCACUUUAUGUGCUUGUGUGGGGUACUUACUGAGUACAGCAACACAGAAUACAAAGCCUCCCAUCUGGAAGGUCCUAUACUACUACUGCUCACUUUAUGCAUUUCUUUUAUGGUUCAUUUUCUGUCAUCUUUUAAACCUUUGUAAUACUGUGCUUUGUUGUAUAUAGCACAGCUAGUGUCACUCUCUCUUCUGUCUGAAAUACUAAUAUACAGUAACACUAAUGUUCUCUUGCAACAAAACAUCCUCACACCAUGUAACUAGACAUCCUCCUUUGUGGGGCACCAAGACGUACAUUUUUUUUUUUUUACCGGAUAUAAAUUUGCAGUGUAAAGCCGAAAACAUUUACUUGUUAUAAAUUACUACUGUAAUCCGCUAUUACUCCUGCUUACAUAUAGUAUACUGUAUGUUGCACCCAGUUUUCUAUGUGAUUAUGUAAGUGUGUUUCACUGACUAGUGACUUUUAACUGCAAAUGUUCAUCAAAUGUUAGCUAACCCCAGGAUAACAGCAUGCAUUACACUAACCACACAGUAAUGACUGAUCAGAGGCAGUGUUCUGCACGUCUUCCGUGUGCUCAUGACUGUGAUAAAAUAGCAACAGCAGAAGUGUAUUGGGCACCAGCAGGGGUUGGAAAUUUUUUAUAUUAUAGUUUAAAUGUGCAGAAAUAAUGUUAAGAGAGAUAAUUAAGGCCUGGAAAUGGCAGGGCUCUGCAACACUACCAUAAUGACAGCCAUUAUGAGUGUUAAUUUAGUUUUCUGAAACAUCCUUGGAUAUCUGAAAUUCUACUGUAUUUUAAAGGAGGAAUUUAUAUUUUUAGUAAUCUCUAAAAUGCUUCUCGAUAUCUUUGAUAUAGGAUGCAUUGGGUAAAUCUGAUAACUCUAUUGAGUUUUUUUUUUUUUAACUGUUAUAUUGUAUAUGAUGAUAAAUUCAUACUGUACCAAAGAACUGCACUGAAGAGUGCACUUUUUUUUCAAAUGUUUUAGUUUGUUGAGUUCUUAGUUUACUUUAUUUCAGGAAAAUAGAUAAUGUUUAUUAACUGUUUAUUCAUAAGGUAUAAAUUAAUUCAUCUUUAAUACUGAAAGAAAAAUUUGUGCAGAGUAAAAAUUCUGUGUCCACAAUUAAACUACUGUAUUUCAAUUAUGGAUACAUUGUAAGACUGGCAGCUUUAAUUCUACAACUAUAUGCCAGAAGCUGCUCUCUCAUAACAAAAAAAAAAAAAAAGGCUCUAGACAGAUAAGUUUUCUAUGAGGGAGAAUAAUCACCCACAGAAUAAGUGAUAUUGAAUAAAUGGCUUAGCAAUAUAUAUAGAGUAUGACAACAAAGACACAUGUACCAGAACAAGCCUUAAAUAAAACAUUUCACAAUGUUUUUUCAAUAAAGGCUUGUUUUGCCUGUGUGUCUGUCACCCACAUAUAGAGUAGUCAAACAGUUCCACCAUUCAAGAGUCACUUGCCUGAAAACUGCAUUAAGAACUUGAUAGCAAAAUUAUCCAGGACAUCCAGACCCUAAUUAAGAUAUUGUAUAGAUUGCAAAUCAAAUAUUUAUGAAUACUUUUAUUUGAUGGUAAAUAAAGUGUAAAUAUAUCACAGUCUCUUAAAAACUGUCAUCCUGGAUGAUGUAGAGUACAGGUACACCGGUUUUAUGAAAAUAUUAGUAGUUUGCCCUGUAUAGUUCAGAUGCACACAUUAGAAGUAUAUCAUCUAGUAACUCAGAGGAAACUUGCAAAAUGGAAAACAUUAUUCACUAAACCAGAACUUGCUAGUUGUAGUUUGCUGGUUCAUCAUGUCUAACUUUCUUCUAGUUUCAUGGCCUUCUGAAAGCAUUACAGCAUUAACUUAAAUUUAGGUUCAGGAAUACAUGGUUGAUGUAAUACUCAUACUUAGUUGAGCUGCACAUUACUGCACGUUAAUAUUAUUUUAAAAGGAGUUUAAAUAUGCCAUUUGGCACGUUAAAUAAGCCCAGGUAUUGCAUCAGUGCCUCACAUUAUUAUUUUUAUACUUUAAUUUCAUAGGAGCACAACAUCUUUUGCCCAGUCUGUGUGUAGUCUUGGUUUACAUAAGUUAGGAGCUAAGAUGUUUCAAGUCACAUGUCACCAGGUCUUGCAUGGCCUUUCAAGAACUAAAAAGAGGCAUUCAUGUUUAUUGCUCUGUGUCAGAAUUUCCAAGUGGCUUUGUGUAUAACCUUAUUCACUAUUUAAUACUCUAAUGGAAUGAAUAGCAUUAUUUGAAAUACAUUAUAUAGUUUGCCACUGUAUAAUAACAUUUCAUCAGUGGAGUCCAGUUGAUCACAAAAUGGGAGAAUUUUAUUACUGUACUACUAUUUUAAUUAUUAAAUUUAUAUUCAUUGCUUAUGAUUAUUGUUAGUUAAUAAUAAUUAGGCAUAUAAAACACUAGAUAAUGGCUAAUUAAAAAUAUAAUAUUUAGUGAAGUAUCCCUAGAAAAUGUAAAUGAAUAUUUUGUGCAUUGUAGAUUAUUAAUUUUUUUGUGGAACUCUAUUUAACAUGGCAGAAAUUAAGUUCAACCCACAUGGUGUUAAAACAAGGUCUGUUAUUACAAUAAAGUAUUUUUUUUUUUUUUUUGUUAAUGGUGUCUGUAUUUUGAAUUAUUUCUUUUUAUUUUAAUGCAAGAUGCUUAAGAAUAAAACUGCCUUGCUCAUGAUAUAUAUGAGAGUAGUAGAUGUAUAUUAUUCUUGUCAUAGGAAGCAAUGCCAAACUCCACAGUAAAUAUUGUCUAUAUAAUUCUGUUUCUUAUUCAAUAUUCGUAUAGUCCCUUCUCAUUUUGUAUUAUCUGGCUGUAUUUUGGAUGUUCAUAGAUAAGGUUACUCUUAAAUAGCAAGAGAACACACAAAUAAUUGCCACCCAGGUAUAUUUGGAUGGUUAUAAGUGGGAUUUUGUUUAAACAUGGAUCUUAAGAUGUCAGAAUGUUAUAUAGUUUAUAUUCCCAUAAUUGUUAGUUGAUUUUUAUGCUUCUCAGCUAAAUUAAUAUCUUGCUCAAGCAUGAAAAAAAUGUACAUAAUUUUUUUCAUCUUAAAUUUUUUUUUUUGCCAGACUGAAAUGGUAAAAAAAAAAAAAAAAAUUGUGGUUAGUGUAUGACUUUUGCCAUCAAUUGGCAUGUAUUACUGUUUGUUAUCCCUUCUAAUGAAAUGCAAAUUCUUAAAGAAACACAAACAAAUAAUGUCACGUGUAAGCAAUGCUUAAACUAAUUCAAUAUAAAUUAUAAAUGAGAACUUAAAAGUUUAAUCAUUGGAAUUUAAUCAUGAUGUGCAGUAAACACAUAAUAUAGUUUACUGUUAAUUUGACAGGGAAGAUCUGGUGUAAACAUUUACCAUUAGCCCAUCUCAAACAUAUGCCUGGUAGCCCAGUCAGAAGCAUAAGUUGUCUACCUAAGUGUCCUGAAUCCACAAUCCCACUAACCCCAUUUACCAGCCCUGCUUAGCAAGUGUGCUCGCCCCUGCCCUCCUCCCAUUUUGUAAUUUUAUAUUCUCAUCUCGAAUGACGAAGACAACUGCAUCUGACUGGUUUCUUUGUUACUGUAGUCAUUAUACAUUUGCCUCCAUCCUUAGCUCUUCAAGUAGAUAUCCAUGGAUAAUGAAUAUGUAGCUGUGUAGGCAAUUCAUAUUUCACUUACUGAUGCUCGUGUGUGUGUGUAUAUACGUAGUAACCACUCUCUUAAGUAGUGAAGUCAGCUUGCAUUGAUUUUGUUCAUAUUAAUUUUAUAGCUCUGCCCUAUGAAUGUCACCACUUUCCCCUACACAUGAUUUUCCUAGGCAAUGACAAAAAUAGUAAUAGGAGGUAGGCUGGUUGUUUUCAGACUUUUCAUACAAAAGGUCAAGCUCAAGACCCCUUUUUUUCAUAGCUCAUUAAUUAUAAGAAUUCUACUUUUAUAUUUAUUAAUAAUUAUUCUGGCUAUAUGAAAGACUUGCAGACAUCAGUAACUAUUUCAUAAUCUUAUUUUGUGCAAAAGUUAGUGAUUUGGAUAAACAACAUUAGAGCUUUUACAAAAUUAUAUUUCUUUCCCAAAGAAAUUCCAAGCAAAUAGUACUGUGAAAGUUAUUAUUUUCUGACCAUUUAAUUAACUAGUGGUUGGUAAACAGGAAGUAUUCAGUAUGUAUACAUUUAUACAUAAAUUCUUGAUCAUAAUCUUGGUUAUCAGACUGUAACAUUAAUGGCUGUAGUACUUGAUUGGGACAGGUGAAUCUUAGUGAUGGGCCUGUUUCAAAUAUGCCAAAGCAUCUAGUUAUUCUCAUUAGAUAAAACAGGUGUAAAAUUUCUUUGACAUUGUGAUGGUAUUGCUGUAGUGAGAAAAUAUUAGCUUACCUCAAGUUUAUAUACCAGUAUGUUCUAUUCUGACAUAAUUUUGAAUCAGGUUAAAGUGGUUCACCUGGAUUUUGAAUCAGGUUAAUGUGGUUCACCUGGAUUUUUGUAUUUAUGCAUUAAAGCCUGUGUGUACUUGUACCAUAACUCAUUAUUAACCCUUUCGGGGUUUUGGCCGUACUAGUACGGCUUACGCGCAGGGGGUUUUGACGUGCUAAAUGCAUAAAUUCUUGCGCCGUCAAAUCUAGUGAGAGAAAGCUGGUAGGCCUACAUAUGAAAGAAUGGGUCUAUGUGGUCAGUGUGCGCAGUAUAAAAAAAAAUCCUGCAGCACACAGUGCGUAAUGAGAAAAAAAAAAACUUUGACCGUGUUUUUGGAUUAAAACAGCGACUCUGCACUGUAUUUUCGUAUGGUAUUUAUUGUUGUAUUUUAGUUUUCCUGGUCUCAUUUUAUAGAAAUUGAGAUAAUUUUGACUGAUUUUACAAUGAAAAGUACCUUGAAAGUGAGCUCAAAGUAGCAAAAAUGUUCGAUUUUUACCAAAGAUCAAAAGUAAACAAAUCAUGCCAAGCGUCUAAUACACGUCAACUGGUGAGUCUAAUAUUCUUUCACAAGUGCGCUGAUAUUAUUUAUACCAUUUCUACACUAAUGCAGUAGUCUGCAUAACAGUAAAUCUUCUAUUUGUUUGUGAGAAUGAAAAUUCAAAGUGGAAAGCAAAAGAAUGUAAGAGGGGUUUGGGAACGUGGCUGAUGAACAGAGGAAAUGUUAUUUUAGUGCCAGGAAUGUCUCUUGUCUAUUCUAGACUCUAUUCGGAAAUUAGCAUCUUUUGAAAUUUGUGUGAAAUUGGCAAAAUUGCUAAAUUCUGACCACUGUAUUGGAUAGUUGAAAUCGGUAAAUGGGUGGUUUCUUGUACUCAUUCAAUAGAAAAAAUGGAGUUCUAGCGAAAUAGUUAUGAUUUUUGUCGACUAGUACAUUGGAAUUGGUUGAAAAUAGGGCUCAAAGUGGGCAAAAUCGCCGAUGCGUAAACAUCAUCGAGACCGCUAACUUCGUGAGAGCAUAAUUUCAUAAGUUUUCCAUAAAAUUUCAUACUUUUGGUGUCAUUAUGAUCGGGAAAAGAUUCUCUAUCUUUUCAUAAGAUUUUUUUUUUUUUUUUUUUUUAAAUUUGGCCGACCCUGAGAACAAGUCUGAGAGGACCUGCCAACCCCUAAAGGGUUAAUUGAACAUAAAUCUGAAAUAUAAAAAUUCUCCAAACAUGGGAAAAGUUUCACAAAACUUUUUUUUAUUGUCAGCCUUGGAAUUUUAUGUGGAGGGGUUGAUUAUGGAUUUCUUAUGCAUAUACAUUUGCAUUGGCUGCAGAUGUCAAGCCCAUGGCUUGGCCAGUGCUUUGAUUCCCAAAUUUCUUAAAGAUUGAUGGGUUAAAGGUAUAAACUUUUGCCUGGCAGGUAACUUCAAUGCCUUUUUGGUCAAGAGACUGUAGAUUAUUUUGCUGAUUUCGAACAAUACUUUUCUUGAAGAUUAUCCUAGAGAAUAAAUAUUGGUAAAAUCUUAAUUCUUUGUUAUAACAAAGAAUUAAGUGCAUUUUACUGCCCCAAAAAUAAUUCUUCAUCAAUAAAAUGUUAAGAAAACUUUGCAAUUAGCAUAGAAUAUUGAACUGGCAUAAAAUGUUUCCAUAAUUAAUAUAAUUAGGUUGUAGAUAUACGAUAGUGGUGUUGCAGUCUUCCCAUCAUUAAGGUCUUGAGAUCUCUCUCCCCACCGUCCAAAGUUUAACCAGUUUACCCUACUCGCAAGUUGCCUUAGAAGACUUGUCAGGCAUGUGACUAGCAUACAUGCAACAUGCUUGUCUCUUUUGUACUUGAUUCACUUGCAGUACAGAGAAUUGCGUUGACAUUUAGUCAGCUAAUUUUUCUGCUUUCUCUUAUGCGAUCACAAGAAAAUGCAUUUUAUUAUUUGAAGUAGUGUUUUUGCAAGAGUAUUGCUGUUCAUAUUUUUGAUGUGAAUUAUUAAGUUAAAAAAUAUUAUUUAAAGCCUAUAGAGCAAAAGUGUUUGUAUGGUAGGACCCCCGUAUCCGCAGGGGAUGUGUUCCAAGGACCUGCCAUGGAUACCAAAACUGCGGAUAGUAAACUCUGUAUAUAAGUCCUAUGCAUACCUAUUGUUUAAUUGAUAAAUUAUGCACAAUAAGCAGAUAAUUACAACUUUUUCACUGAUGGGAACAUUUCACGGGUUCUCUUAGGCUUUGAAGAACUGCCGGCUUCUCUACUUUUGUGCUUUGGGGCCAUUAUUAUGAAAAAUUAAGAGGUAUUUUUGGGUCACAGUAAACAGUGCAUAAUUGAAACCACGGAUACCAAAUCAGUGGAUAUGGGGGUUCUACCGUAUACAGUAUAUAUUUUAUUAUGAAGUUCAGUUUAGUAGUACAAGCUAUUUCAAACUUUAUGAUAUAAACAUGACAAUUUUGUUAUGAUUGGUGAAUAUUUAACAAGCAAAAAUUUUAUUCAAUUUAGAAUUUAGAAUUGGUUAAAAUUCAUUAUUCAUAUUUAGAACUUCUGUACAUUCAUGUAAUGUUGCUUUACAAUCUGUUGCAAGUAAUUUCAUAGUGCUUGCAGAUAGGUGCAUGAAUGCUGCACUGUGUUGGGUGAGCAAAUAUAUUCAUCUGGAGGAAAAACUACAGCUUUUUUCAAGAGCCUUCUUGCUUUAUGUAGUACUGUGUAAGAUAUGGAAGAUAAUUCUGGCACCCACAACAUGGGAACAUAAUUAGCUGAGAAAACACCAUAAGAUCAUUUUCUACAUGAAUCACUCACAUGUUCAGUUCUUCACUUCUUUCUUUCUUUUUUAAUGUGGCUAAAUGUUAGACUACUUAAGUAAUAACUCAUGGUGAGUCUAGGUGGUUAACUGAAAUGUCUGGAGGUAAUCAUUACUAUUGUGUAUUAACUCCUUUUGCUAAUUGGUUUCCCAUAGUUCAGUAAUCUAGUUUCAGAAUAUUUUGCUUAAUAAAAUUCUAUUUACGGUAGAGCAUCAGAAAUCCGGCGCUCAGUUUCUUGAAAUGAUCAGCUCUUUGGAAAAAUUGGUGGAAAUUAAUACAUACUACAGUGUUAAAAUAAGCAAGAAAAUACAGUGUAUUGAGUUGUUCGGACUUGUUUUAAUGUCCCCAGAUGUUACUUAUGACACGUCUUCAACCAACUACAUCUUCUGUUGAACUUGGAAUGUUGUACUUUAAUACUGUUAUGUUUUUGUUAUAUGUACCUGUAUAUAAUUUUAUGCUUUGUAUACUUACAAUGUACAUAACUGUGAUGUUCCUAUAUAUACUCGGAAUGGGCAGUAGUCCGGACAUAGCUUGACCCUAAGCAUUCCGAAUUACUGAUGCACUACUGUAGCUAUAAAAAUAUCCUGGAUGAGACAGGUUUGUAGAAUUACAGUAUGUAUAACUGACAUAAACUUCAGUAAUUUGUUUUACAUAGGUAUGAGUCUACAGAAUUAAUACAAGAUAGAUGUGUGUGUACCUCCAAUGAAAAAACCCAAAACCUCAAGA